UCUCAUUUUCUCACAUAAGAUCACCUAGGGAUGUAUCUUAUGAGAAAGGUGAUGAAGUUUUUGCUUUCAACACUAUUACACACUUGAGGGCUGAGGCAGAAAAUGAACAUGACAGCAAAACUAUGUUGUCUCUCUCGGAGGUUCAGGGUUCUGUGUGGUUCUUUCUUAAACCCUAAAUCAAAAUGAAGAAGACGGACUUCAACACUCUCCUCUCUCUCCGUCGCUCUCUCCGCUCUCUCCGAUUCUCCACCACCACUUUCUCCGACGACACCCUCCAAGGUUUGGUUCACCCCGACGACCCUAUUCCCCAUGAUUCCCCAACCCCAACCCCUGAUUUGUCACAAGACUACGCAUUCCUCCGCAACUCCCUCCUCAAUUCCUCAUCGCAAACGCAAACCCUUGAUUCCGCCAACGACGUCGUUUCCAUCUCAAAUGCAAUCAGAACCGGGUUCAGCACUGAAACCCAGAGCUUCAUUCGCCACUUCCGGGGCAGGUUAAGCGAGUCUCUGGUGGUGCAGGUCAUGAACCAUGUCAAAGACCCUCACCUCUGUGUCAAGUUUUUCUUGUGGGCUGGUCGCCAAAUUGGUUACACCCACACUCCACCAGUGUAUGAUGCUUUGCUUGAGCUACUUGGAUGCAAUGGUAAUGAUAGAGUGCCGUUGAAGUUCUUGCUUGAUAUCAGGGAUGAUGGUGAUAAGGAGCUGCUUCGAAAGUUGCUCGAUGUUUUGAUUCACAAGUGUUGCCGCAAUGGGUGGUGGAAUAUGGCAUUGGAGGAGCUGGGCAGGCUCAAGGAUUUUGGGUACAAGCCUUCGCGAGCCACUUACAAUGCUCUGGUUCGGGUUUUUCUUGAAGCUGGCAAGUUGGAUUCGGCUUAUUUGGUGAAGAAAGAGAUGUCGAGUUAUGGGUUUGGUGUGGACGGGUAUACACUGAGUUGUUUCGCGUAUUCUCUCUGCAAAGCAGGGAGGUGCAGGGAUGCUCUUGCUUUGAUUGAGGAGGAGGAGUUUGUUCCUGAUACGGUUUUUUAUACUAGGAUGAUUUCUGGGUUAUGUGAAGCUUCGCUUUUUGAAGAAGCUAUGGAUAUGUUAGAUACAAUGCGGUCUAGUUCUUGCAUUCCUAAUGUUGUCACUUAUAGGGUUUUGCUUUCUGGGUGUUUGAGAAAAGGACAGCUUGGCAGGUGUAAGAGAAUUCUUAGUAUGAUGAUUACGGAAGGCUGUUAUCCUAGUCGCCAAAUGUUCAAUUCUCUCGUACAUGCUUAUUGUAAAUCAAAGGAUUACUCUUAUGCCUAUAAGUUGUUUAAGAAAAUGGUAAAAUGUGGAUGCCAGCCAGGAUAUCUGGUUUACAAUAUGCUCAUUGGUAGUUUAUGUGGCAAUGAGGAACAGCCAAGCUCGGAUUUGUUAGAAUUGGCGGAAAAGGCUUACAGUGAGAUGCUCGAUUCAGGGGCUGUAUUGAAUAAGGUCAAUGUCAGCAACUUUGCGCGGUGUCUUUGUGGAGCUGGGAAGUUUGAUAAAGCCUUUAAGAUAAUAUGCGAAAUGAUGAGCAAGGGUUUCAUCCCCGAUGACAGCACAUAUUCUAAAGUGAUUGGUUUCCUCUGUGAUGCCUCCAAGGUAGAGAAGGCUUUUUUGUUGUUCAACGAAAUGAAAAGGAAUGGCAUUGUUCCAAGUGUUUACACCUAUACUAUUUUAAUUGAUAGCUUUUGCAAAGCUGGGCUCAUCCAACAAGCUCGCAAAUGGUUUGAUGAAAUGUCAAGGGAUGGUUGCGCCCCCAACGUGGUGACUUAUACUGCUCUUAUUCAUGCAUACCUGAAAGCAAGAAAGGUGUUUGAUGCAAAUGAGCUAUUUGAGAUGAUGUUGCGCGAAGAGUGCAAGCCUAAUGUUGUUACGUAUACAGCUUUAAUUGAUGGUCAUUGUAAGGCUGGGCAGAUCGAAAAAGCUUGCCAGAUCUAUGCCAGGAUGCGAGGUGACAUAGAAUCCUCUGACAUAGACAUGUAUUUUAAGUUAAAUGACAACGACUGUGAAGGACCAAAUGUCAUUACAUAUGGGGCUUUGGUCGAUGGUUUAUGCAAAGCGAACAAGGUGAAAGAGGCCCGUGAAUUAUUGGAUACCAUGUCAGCUCAUGGUUGUGAGCCUAACCAAAUAGUGUAUGAUGCUGUUAUAGAUGGGUUUUGCAAAACCGGAAAGCUUCAGGACGCACAAGAGGUGUUUGCAAAGAUGACAGAGCGUGGAUACAGUCCAAAUUUGUAUACCUACAGCUCUUUAAUUGAUUGUCUGUUUAAAGAUAAACGACUGGAUCUUGUUAUGAAAGUGUUGUCCAAGAUGCUAGAGAAUUCUUGCAUUCCCAAUGUUGUUAUUUACACAGAGAUGAUUGAUGGUCUCUGUAAAGUUGGAAAGACAGAUGAAGCUUACAAGCUCAUGCUUAAGAUGGAAGAAAAGGGUUGUCAUCCAAAUGUUGUAACGUAUACUGCAAUGAUUGAUGGCUUUGGGAAAGCAGGAAAAAUUGAACAGUGCCUUGAGCUAUUCAGAGAUAUGUGCUCAAAGAGCUGUGCUCCAAACUUUAUAACCUAUAGGGUCUUGAUAAAUCAUUUUUGUUCCAAUGGCCUUCUUGAUGAAGCUUACAUACUUUUAGAUGAAAUGAAACAAACAUAUUGGCCGAGGCAUUUAUCAAGUCACCGUAAAGUUAUUGAGGGCUUUAAUCGAGAAUUUAUAGCCUCGAUUGGACUGUUAGAUGAGUUGAGUGAGAACGAAUCAGUUCCUGUUGAUUCUUUGUACAGAAUUUUGAUUGAUAAUUUUAUCAAGGCUGGGAGACUGGAAAUUGCCCUGAAUCUGCUUGAAGAGAUUUCAUCAUCUCCAAGCCCUUCAGUUGCAAACAAGUAUCUGUAUACUUCUUUAAUUGAGAAUUUGUCAUAUGCAAAUAAGGUUGAUAAAGCCUUGGAACUGUACGCAAGCAUGAUAAGUAAGAAUGUUGUUCCGGAGCUCAGCACAUUUGUCCACCUCAUCAAAGGCCUUACUAGGGUUGAUAAGUGGCAAGAAGCACUACAAUUAUCAGACAGCAUAUGCCAGAUGGAUAUCCACUGGAUUUAUGAAGAGCCAACCAGCAUAAAGUAGGUUUCUGCUGUACAGGUGAAUGUAACUGAAGGAAAACGAAUGCAAGCAGCAUGGAAGAAAUGGUCAAGCUGCGGGGUUUUGCAGUUAAGGUAAUAACAACACCAAUAAUGGAAGCAGAAACAAGGGAUUUUGAAGAAAAAUGCUCUUCAUAUUUCAUUGAUCUCCAAGUUUCUGAAUCCGGUGUAUUUGUUCACCUAUCAUUACAUCAUGCUGGGGUUGAUGAUUGAUUCUGUGGUCUAAUUGAUGCCAAGUUCAGAGGCAGAUAAUCAUCUGCAUUUUUCAUUAUCCAGAAGAACUAGGGAGCUAGGGAAUCAGCUUUUUCACAUGUUUGAGGAGCAAGGGGUUUCCCAAGUAUCCUUGGCUCAAUUCUUGUGUAGAGGCUCUGGAAAUUAGAAGGACUGUGAUUUGGCAUUGUGCUCUUUCUACAGAAAAUGUUAUGUUUUGGACAGCCACAUCAUGCUCUCUUUAGGACGAGUUUGUGAAGGUGUAUCUGAGCUUCAUCUAGUUCAUUCAGUAUUUUGUCACUGUAAAUUGAUGUAAAAGCUAGCCUCGGCUACAUAGAAUUUUUGUUUUCAUGUUAUGAUUUAUUCUCUGCGGCCCGGUGUAUGAUCUUAUCUAUGGGCUUAGAAGCUUCA